GCGAGAGAAGCGCGGCCAGAGCGCGGAGAGGCCUGCGGGCGGCGGGCGGACGGGCGGCGGCGGGCGGACGGGCGGCGGCGGCGGGCCGGAGCCUCCCCCGAGCCGCGCCGCGCUCCGUGUUCCGAGCCGUGAGCCCUUCGCCGCGCCCCGGGCGCGUGGCCGGGGCCGGGCGGAGCGGGCGCUCCGGGAGGCCGGGACCCGCGGCUGCCCGCUGGCCUUGGGCGGGGCGCGGGCUGCGCGCUCCGCGGCUCGGUGGUCCCGCCGGGGGCCGGCGGCGGCGGGGACGCGCGGCUCGCCGCCAUGGACGACAAGGCGUUCACCAAGGAGCUGGACCAGUGGGUGGAGCAGCUGAACGAGUGUAAGCAGCUCAACGAGAACCAAGUGCGGACGCUGUGCGAGAAGGCUAAGGAAAUUUUAACAAAAGAAUCAAAUGUACAGGAGGUUCGCUGUCCUGUUACUGUCUGUGGAGAUGUGCAUGGCCAAUUCCAUGACCUUAUGGAACUCUUCAGAAUUGGUGGGAAAUCACCAGACACAAACUAUCUAUUCAUGGGGGACUACGUAGACAGAGGAUAUUAUUCUGUGGAGACUGUGACUCUUCUUGUAGCAUUAAAGGUGCGCUAUCCAGAGCGCAUCACAAUAUUGCGAGGAAAUCAUGAAAGCCGGCAGAUCACACAAGUAUAUGGCUUUUAUGAUGAGUGCCUACGGAAGUAUGGAAAUGCCAACGUGUGGAAGUACUUUACAGAUCUCUUUGAUUAUCUUCCACUUACAGCUUUAGUAGAUGGACAGAUAUUCUGCCUCCACGGUGGCCUCUCUCCAUCCAUAGAUACACUGGAUCACAUAAGAGCCCUGGAUCGCUUACAAGAAGUUCCACAUGAGGGCCCAAUGUGUGAUCUCUUAUGGUCAGAUCCAGAUGACCGUGGAGGCUGGGGCAUUUCUCCACGCGGUGCUGGCUACACAUUUGGACAAGACAUUUCUGAAACAUUUAACCAUGCCAACGGUCUCACACUGGUGUCUCGUGCUCACCAGCUUGUAAUGGAAGGAUAUAAUUGGUGCCAUGAUCGGAAUGUGGUUACCAUUUUUAGUGCACCCAAUUACUGCUACCGUUGUGGGAACCAGGCUGCUAUCAUGGAAUUAGAUGACACUUUAAAAUAUUCUUUUCUUCAAUUUGACCCAGCACCUCGUCGUGGAGAGCCUCAUGUGACCCGGCGCACCCCAGACUACUUC